GCGAAAUGAAAUACCGCAAUUUUCAAGGGGCACUUUUCUUUACACGCGUUUGGUUUUCGAGAAAGUGGCAGUGGGAAAAUUUUGGAGUGUUUUCUCGAGAAAAACCCUAACCAAGCAAAUGAACUGUUACGGUUCUCAUGCGUGGUCAUCUUGACGCCGUCGUCGCUGCUGCAACCAUCCAUCGGCGGCCACAUGCGCUCCAGAACGGCGUUAACCGGGAAGAGAACGCCUCCAUGGGAAAGAUCGAACUCUCCUCUUUCAUUUGCCACUGGAAUGGAUCAAAAUGAAUUGCGAGGUCGCAAAAGGGAAAUGAAGCAUAAAGGAAAGAAUGUGGUGUGGUCUAUAGCAAUGGACAAGUGUCUAAUCGAAUCCCUUGCUAUCCAGGCUAGAAACGGGAAUAAAAUUGACAAGUGCUUUAAUGAAAAUGCAUACAGCGCUGCUUGUGUUGCCGUGAACACUCGUUUUAAUUUGUCUUUAAAUAAUCAGAAAGUUGUUAAUCGUCUCAAGACAAUUAAGAAACGGUACAAGAUAAUGAGGGACAUGCUAAAUCAAGAUGGGUUCACGUGGAAUCCAAAUACAAAGAUGAUUGAGUGUGACAAUGAUGAUCUUUGGAAGAGAUACAUUGCUGUGCGCCCUGAUGCAAGGGGACUCCGUGGAAAGCAGAUUGAGAUGUACGAUGAGUUGAGAAUUGUCUGUGGAAAUUAUCAAGCUCCUACUCGUUGGGCUAGGAUGACGGAUCAUAUGAAUGGAAGCCAGGCAACAGAAUUUAAAUAUGAAGAAGAUUCUGCUUCAUUUCUUUCACCAAGUUCUGAAGGCUUGAGCGACACGGAUGGAACAGAGACAGAAUCAUCUACCAGACAGCCAGAGCAUAACCAGAUGCCAGCUGGUAGUCAAGAUGUUCCUUUAAUCCAGCCUCUGAGACAAGUUUCGAAACGGUCUCGGGGCUCGGAGGCUCUCCAGGAUGCAAUGUUGGCAGUGGCAUCGAGCAUUCGGCACUUGGCUGAUGCACUUGAGCUAAGCAAAAGUACAAUCGAUGCAUCUGGACUUUUACACGCCGUUAUGGAAAUCGAUGGCUUGGAAGAGGCUCAACAAAUGUAUGCUUUCGAGUAUUUGAAUGCUGAUCCCAUCAAAGCCAGAGCCUUCAUGACGUACAAUGCCCGAAUGAGGAAAAUAUAUUUGUUCAGGCAGUUUUGGUGGUGGAAAAAAAAUGGAGCCUAGUUCUUUGACCCUUUUGGCUUCUUCUGUAGUACAGGUUCAAAUCACUCUGAAAAGACUUCUCUGUUGAGAAUUAACUCAUUAUUCUUGUAGAGUUUAUUAUAUGGAUGUUAAAGGAAUAUGUACAGAUUUUUACUUGCAGCAGUGGCCGCCGUAGAGGAAGAUUGUUAGAUAUUCAUGCCUUUUGUGAAGGUUUUUAAAUAUUUCAAUUUGGGAAAAUUGUUCUCACGCCGAUUUCGGUGUGAACAGCAAAUCUCUUCAAAGAAAGCAUGGCACUGCUUGUGAUUUCUAGUCUCUGCAUUUUGCAUUAGCUGGUAGAAUCUUGUGUUUUGUUGAUUUUUAGUUGGACUGAGACCCUUCCAUUUUUAAUUUGACUAUAGAUUUUGAGGUGCUUAAAUUAGCCAUUGAAGCUGUUCAAAAGGAACAAUAUGUAUAAAACUUAUAGAGUCCUUAAAUGCAGUAGACGGUGAUUGAUUUA